AUCGGAGCAAAUAAUCUCGAGCACCUCACGCGGGCACCUCACACCUCACGCGCCCGAGGGUCAUCUCUUCGUCGACGGGCGCGAUGGCGACGGAGUUCGACGAGGCGGAGAUCCUCAACGACAUCACCGGGAGCACGGACCCGAUCCUAAUCCCCGGGAAGGGCGCGCAGGCUAUGCCGAAGCGCAACGCGGUCGUCAUCGCCGCGCGCAAGGAGACCGCGCUCGCGACCGUCCUCCGCGCGCAACAGCGAGAGGGCUACCGCGCCGACCACCUCGUCGGGCCGAUAUGCCGGCACGUCCUCCUCGCGAAGAACAACAGCACGGCGUCGCAGCUGAGGCUCGCGGUGGACGUCGUCGGGCACGCGAACGUCGUCGCGGAGGACGAGGCGGGGCUCGCGUUCACGAUCCGGCAGGGCAUCUCGCGACGGCGAAAUUUCGAAACCGACAUGCGCGCGCUGGAAGCCGCGGGCGCGGGCGGCCCGGGCCCGGCGGGCCCGCUCCCCGCGACCGCGGACGAGAGCCUCGAAGCGCAUCUGCGCCUUCUCAUGCACGCGCCGCCUCGGCUCGCGGCGUCGAUCGUGUGGGCGGACAGAGAGCUCGUGGAGCGCUACGUCAAGGGCGGAGAAGCCGCGGGGCCGGCGCCGCCGGCGAAUGAUGACUCCGACGCGACGAGCCCCGCCGCCGCGGUCGCCGGGCGGUUCUUCGUCCCCGACGCCGCGCGCGCGGCCGCGAUCGCCGCGAUCGGCCGCUGCCUCUCCCGCGCGACCGCGCUGGACGCCCUCGUCGGCGUCGCGCCGUACGGCUCGGACGCGACGGGCGCGUACAGCGACGGCGCGCGAUUCGCGCAGUCGCUCUGGCGCCGCGUCGUCGGCGCGUGCUCGGGCGCGGACGACCAGCCGCCGCCGUCGCCGCGCGUGCAAAUCUCCGCGCUGAACGCGGUCGCGCUGCUGAUCGGCCCCGCGCUCGACGGGUGCCACCCGGUGUUGCCGCGAUUAUUCGCGCUGCACGCGCCGGACCCGAGCAGGUUCGGGUACUACAGCGGCGGCGGCGCGACGGACGAAGCGCGGUGGCGCGGCGCCGCGUCCGACGGCGACGGCGGAAUCGCGCGCGGCGCGGCGACGAGCGCGACUGGGGACGACCCGACCGGCGCCGCGUGCCCGCUUCUCGCCGCGCUGCGGUUUGAAGCGUGCGUGCACGUGCUGACGCGAGCGGACGCGGUGACGGCGCGGGCGAACGCGUUGUCGUUGGAGUGGCGCGGCGUCGCCGCCGCCGUCGCGACGGCGCCGGCGUGCGCGGCGCUCCGCGCGGCGCCGCCGCCGAAACCGCGGACGAUCGACGACCCGGUCGGCGGCGACGGCGAGGACGGCGCGCUCGCGGAGGAUGAUAACGCGUCGAAGGUGAACGUUUUAAUGCGGUUACGCGACGCCGGGUGCGCGGCGCUCCCCGUCGCCGGCGCGCAAGCCGCGCUCGUGGAGGAUCUCGAGAAGCUCCGCGCGAUCGCGAUGAAGGCGGCGAACGCCGCGGGCGAAAGCCUCAUGCGCCGCGCGCUCGUGGAAGUGUCGCAGUGCGGCGGGUACAGCACCGGAGGGACGUGCGCGCUCGCGUGCGGGUUCGGGAUGCUAUCGCUGUCCGGGUCGCUUCCGAAACACGCGCAGCCGUUGGAUUGGGCGUCCGCGGGGUGCGCGGCGUUGUUCGCCGCGUUCGACCGGCCGCAGACGCCGCAGGUCAACGACGCCGCGGUCGCGAUGGAAGACAUCCGGCCGACGCCGAGGGGUCCGAUCGGCGCGGGGUUUAACUUCGACGUCCCGAGCGGCGCGAGCGCCGCCGCGGAGACCGCGGCGAAGGCGGGGAAAGCCGCGCGCGGGCUCUUUGGGAGAAAAAAAGCCGCCGCCGCCGCGCCGACGGCGCCGGCGCGGUCCGCCGCGGAGCAGCGCGCGGACGCGCUCGCGGAGGCGACGUACUCGAUGUCGAAACAAUCCGCGAGCGACGCGUUGCGCCUCCCGAAAUGGCGCCCCAGCGACGGCGCGGACGCGGUCGCGCCGGUGUCCAAAGCCGCCGUCGCGUUCGCCAUCGCCACGGCGUUGCCGACGAUGCCGAUUCAUCAACCCCUUCCCGCGAUUCGCGCGCUCGUGAACCGCGUGCGCUUGGGCCUCUGCGACCGCCCGGACCUCCGCGUCGCGGUCCUCGCGAUCGCGCUCUUGACGCACGCGCGGAUGCGCACGCACCCGGAGGCGAUCAUCGUCAUGUCCCCGCUCGGGGAAAUUCUCGCGGUGUACAUGGACGAAGAUCAGACGCCGAAACGCGCGGCGGCGGCGGCGACCGCGGCGGUUCAAAACGCGCAGCGACAGAUCGCGUCGUGGACGAACGAGGACGGGAAAGCGAUCGGCGGAAAGAUCGCGCGCGCGGAGACCGCGGACGUCGAGGCGAGUCUUCCCGGUCUGAAAGCCGCGGCGGCGGAGGCCAACGCCGCGAUGAAACAGACGCAGUUCCGCGAAGAACUCGUCGUCGCCGCGGUGGAGGGUAUCCUGAGCAUCAAACCUCGAAACGACGUGGAGCUCUCCGGGUGGUUACAAGUCGCGCUCGAGGCGUCCGCGACGCUGCGGACCGUGCCGCUGUGGCAGGGGUUAUGCGGAAGAAGAGCCGCCGCGGACGCGACGUUUCGGUUGCUCGCGAGGCUGUGCGCGACGACGCGAGCGUGCGUCAACGCUCGACCGGGCGCGACGGACGCCGAGGGCACGCACAAAGCCGCGCAGCGCGUGCUCACCGCGCUGACGCAAGAGGUCGCGGCCGCGGCGGAGAAGGGGACGCUGGACGACGCGGCCGCGGCCGCGGCGGCGUGGAUCGCGUCGAGACACUUGGACUUCGCGUCUCCCUCGGUCUCGGGGGUCGGGAGCGUCGGGACGCCCGGAGGUCCGACCGCGAGGGUCGUCACCGGGUUAGUCGCCGGGUUACUCCGAGGCGGCGUCGGCAGAGCGAGUUGGGAUAAGAAAACGGCGAGCGAGCAGCGAUCCGCGGGGACGCUCAGCGGGAAGGGCGGGAAAGGCGGCGGGAAGCAAGCGAGAGACGAGGCGUCCGCGGCGGCGGCGGCGAUGGCCGGCCUCGCGUGCGUCGACCUCCUCGCGCAGCGGUGCCCCGCGAUGAUCCCCGGACUCGCGAAGUUGAUGACGGACGUGGGGAACUCGACGGAGGGCGGCGUCGAGAACAUCGGGCACGCCGCGAGCGCGCGCGCGAAGACGACGCGCGCGCGGCUCGCGCUCGCCGCGGCGGCGACGGAAACGGGCGCGGACGCCGCGGCGGCGGGCGAGAACGGCGGUCGAACGCCGCCGUCGCGUCCGCCGCCGCCGACGCCGCCGACGCCGCCGGACGUCUUCCCUCCGUCCGCGCCGCCGCCGCCGCUGCUCCUCUCCCACCUCGCCGACGGCGGCGGUCGAACGCACGGCGCGUCGAGCGAGAGCGACUGGUCGUUGACCUCCGCGGCGUGGCGCGCGCUGCACGCGGACGUCGUCGACGGCUUCGCGAGCCGCCCGCCCGUCGCUCGCGUGCCCCUCAGCGGAACGUCGGACCCGCUGUACGUCGAAGCGUCGCAUGUCGCGUCCCCCGGCGCGCGACGUCUCACGGUCAUCUUCCGCUGCCGCCCGCCGCCGACGUCGAACGCGCCGAACGCCGCGGGCGCGUCCGCCGCCGCGCUCGCCGGGUUGCUCAAGAUUGGCCUGGAAGGCGCGUGCGCGCUCGUGGACGGCGCGUCGAGCGCGGCGGCGAGGUUAGGGACGCCGUCCGCCGCGGUCGAGCGAGCGACGCUUCAGCCCCCGCGCGAGGGCCGCGUCCCCGGGCACGCGAUACGAACCGUCGGCGCUGGAUGCGACGAGGAGUCCGUCGUCGCCGUCGACGUCGCGGUGAUUCGAUUCGGACGCGUCGCGAUUCGCCCGCUCGUGAUUUACGACGGCCCGGAAGGACGCGCGACGCUUCGAUGCGCCGCGUACGCGGUCCCGCUCACGGAGCUCCUCGCGCCCGCGCCGACGUCGCUCGCGGACUUCGACCGGCUGUGGAGCCUCCUCCCGGCGACCAUCUCGCACGAGGUUGAGGUCCCGACGGCGGGCGCGCGCGUCGCCGCGGCGGCGUUGGAACAUUUCGCCGGCGACGCGCUCGCGGUGGCGGUCGCCGCCCUCCGCGGCGAGCGCCCGGGCGGGUCGAAGCGAGAGCGGGAACGUGAGAAGAAGCGCGCGCCGUUCGCGCGCGCGGGCGGGUACCAGCUCCGCGCGAGCGGCGCCGCGUGCGAGUGUUUCAGCGCGGUGACGUGGUCGGGGGACCACUUGCUUCUCGCCGCGUUCGUUCGAAGCGACGGCGUCGCGACGCUCGAGUACCGGAGCCGUUCCGCGGAGACGCUCGAGCCGAUCGAUAAGGACCCGGCCGGGUGGUUGGAGGCGUUCACGGGCGACGUGUUGAGGCCGCGGCGACGCGAGCGCGCGGGCGGCGGCGCCGGCGCGGGGUCGAUCGACGACGACGACGGCGAGGCGUCGGCGUCGGACGCCGGCGGCGGCGGCGGCGGCGGCGGCGGCGGCGGAGCGACGAGGCGGCUGACCGCGGAGGAGCUCGCGUUGGGGCCGUCCGGGGACGGGACUGGGGUGAAGCUGCACGACGCGGUGUUGAGGGAGUGGAAGGCGCUCGCGGCGUGA